AAAGCAUUUGCACUGCAGCCCAACUCGGUGUUGUGUAAAAAAUGUCAAAAUAAAACCUCGAGAAUACCGGUGUGCCGUGCAAGACCGACUGUAUUGCCGAAACAACAUGUUUCUAUUGUUCCAGGUGUAGAGCACUGCAACGAAAUCUCCUGGAGAGUAUCUUGGACAACACAGUUCGACAGAAGCAGGGAAUCUAACCAGAGCCCGAAUCGUUUUCGUGUGGUGUACAGCCGCGGAAGGUUGCUGCGUAUCAAGCCAACCACUUCACUUAACAGAAGCAGUAGGCCGAGUCCUGUCGAACGGAAAUCAUGAGUGGAUAUUUGUUUCGAACCUACGGCAGUCGCUACAUUUCUAUCCUCAGCCGCGUGUGGUCGGGAAACUCGCAAAUGAUGAAAAAUUCCGAAGCCACAUUGAGGAAAACACUCGAGGCCAAGUUCCCCCAGGCAAAGAACAUCGUUGUCAACGACAUCUCCGGAGGUUGCGGAUCGAUGUACGAAAUAUACGUCGAGAGCAAAGAAUUUAAAGGCCUGUCCACUGUCAAGCAGCACCGAUUAAUAACGGAAACACUCAAGUCAGAAAUUAAAGAUAUGCACGGUCUCCGGAUACAAACAUCAAUUGCUGAGUAACAGCUACGCCGUACGCUCAUCUGUACAAAGCACAAUGAUGUAUAUAAGCAAAUCACCCCACAAUGUUUUGCAGCCGAUCAUCAGGCUAUGGAUAAAGGAUAGUUCAUAAGAAGUCAUCGCCGCCGCGCAAAACGGUGAAUCGUAUUGAUAAAUAAAUAAAACGUUCUUUAGACAACAUA